CGGGGCUCCGCCUCCCAGCGCCGCGCGGCUCACGGGUCACGUUCGGGCCCGGAUCGCUGGUUCCCCAGCACCUGCCGCCGCCCCCUUACGCUCCCCGGCGCGGGGCGCCCUGGGAUAGCGGCGGGCUCACCGGGUGAGCGCCCAGCGGGCCGGCGAUCGGGGAGUGGGAAGUGCUGGAGGCUUAGGACCCACGCGGUGGGUCGGGCGGGAAGGCGGAUCAGCGCGCGGGCUGGGGACAGUGCAAAUGGCCUUUGAGCAGGCGGACAAGUAGUGGUCCAGGUGGGACUUCUUGCUGGCUCUGAUGUCCAUCAUCUGCCAGAAUUCCUGAGUCCUUUACCCUCCUCUGUGUCCACGGUCACCCCCCACGUCGCAGCUGAAUAGGUUGAGGGCCUGAGACUUACCCUGUCCCGGAAGAGCGCUGAUAAUGACAAGACCCUGUCUACUCUAGUCCUCACAGAGGGAGGGUUGUGAGGGUUGGGCUAGAUAUUUUAUCAACCAGUGCUGGAGGGAGUCGGGGAGGGGCGGGGGGAGGAGGGUGUGACUUUGGGAAGUGUGACCCUCCCUCACCACCAUACCCUCCCAAUGUGCUGUAGCUGGAACAGACUUUGGCCCCUUGCCUAGCACUCCCGAUGCCUCAUUUGCCUCUGACCUCUUUUCGACCACCGCUUUGGGGCUUGAGGCCCUCACGGGGCCUCCGCAGGUCCCGUCCCCUUUCCACCCAGUCAGAGCCCGAUGGAUCAGCCAUCUCCCGGAGGAACCGUGAAGCCAAACAGAAGCGUCUGCGAGAGAAGCAGGCAUCGCUAGAGGCUGGGAUAGCCCCCAAGACCAAGUCACCUGCAGAAUCCAGUAAGGCCUGGACCCCUAAGGAGAGAGUGUUGUAUGAAAUCCCCACGGAACAUGGAGAAAAGAAAGAUGUCUCCCGGCCCCUGCCUCCUGCAUACAGCCCCCAGUACGUUGAGGCUGCCUGGUACCCUUGGUGGGUGCGAGAGGGCUUCUUCAAACCAGAAUAUCAGGCCAGGCUGCCGCAGGCCACAGGGGAGACCUUUUCCAUGUGUAUCCCACCCCCUAAUGUCACAGGCUCCCUGCACAUUGGGCAUGCGCUGACCGUGGCCAUACAGGAUGCUCUCGUGCGCUGGCACCGGAUGCGUGGGGAUCGGGUGCUGUGGGUCCCUGGCUCAGAUCAUGCAGGGAUUGCGACCCAAGCUGUGGUGGAGAAACAGCUGUGGAAGGAGCGAGGAGUGAGGAGACAUGAGCUGAGCAGGGAAGACUUCCUUAGGGAGGUGUGGAAGUGGAAGGAGGAGAAAGGUGGCGAGAUCUGUGAGCAGCUCAGAGCGCUGGGGGCCUCCCUGGACUGGGACCGAGAGUGCUUUACUAUGGAUACCAGCUCCUCAGUGGCCGUGACAGAAGCUUUCGUGCGGCUCUACAAGGCUGGGUUGUUGUACCGGAGCCGGCAGCUGGUCAACUGGUCGUGUGCCUUGCACUCCGCCAUCUCGGAUAUUGAGGUGGAAAGUCGGCCCCUCCCUGGCCGCACGGAGCUUCAGUUGCCUGGCUGCCCCACCCCCGUGUCUUUCGGCCUCCUCUUUUCCGUGGCCUUCCCCGUGGAUGGAGAGCCUGGUGCAGAGGUUGUGGUGGGAACCACGAGGCCAGAGACGCUGCCUGGAGACGUGGCUGUGGCGGUCCAUCCUGAUGACUCCCGGUACACGCAUCUACAUGGGCGACAACUCUGUCAUCCCUUGACGGGGCAGCUUCUCCCCCUUAUCACAGACUGCACUGUUCAGCCACACGUGGGCACAGGGGCGGUGAAGGUGACUCCAGCGCACAGCCCUGCCGAUGCUGAGCUGGGGGCCCGACACGGCUUGAGCCCCCGGAGUGUCAUUGCAGAGGAUGGGACCAUGACCACCCUUUGUGAGGACUGGCUGCAGGGUCUUCACCGAUUUGUGGCCCGGGAAAAGAUUCUGUCCGCACUGAGGGAGCGGGGCCUGUUCCGGGGCCUCCAGAACCACCCCAUGGUGCUGCCCAUUUGCAGCCGUUCCGGGGACGUGGUAGAAUACCUACUGAAGAGCCAGUGGUUUGUCCGCUCCCGGGAAAUGGGGGAGCAAGCCGCCAAGGCCGUGGAGUCCGGGGCCCUGGAGCUCAGUCCCUCCUUCCACCAGAAGAACUGGCAGCACUGGUUUUCCCACAUUGGGGACUGGUGUGUCUCCCGGCAGCUGUGGUGGGGCCAUCGGAUUCCAGCCUACCUGGUUGUAGAGGAGCACGCAAAGAGGGCGCCAGCCUUUCUCAGCCCAGCAGAGACCAUGAACACCCCACCUCCCUGUCCCACACCUGUCCUCUACUCCUUACUUCCGCAGGGUGAUACAGAGGACUGCUGGGUGGUUGGGCGGACAGAGGCCGAGGCCAGAGAAGUAGCUGCAGAAUUAACAGGGAGACCAGGGGUGGAGCUGACCUUGGAGAGGGACCCUGAUGUCCUAGACACGUGGUUCUCCUCGGCUCUCUUCCCCUUUUCUGCCCUGGGCUGGCCCCGAGAGACCCCAGACCUGGCUCAUUUCUACCCCCUGUCACUUUUGGAAACGGGCAGUGACCUCCUGCUGUUCUGGGUGGGCCGCAUGGUCAUGUUGGGGACCCAGCUCACAGGGCAGCUCCCCUUCAGCAAGGUCCUGCUUCACUCUAUGGUCCGGGACAGGCAGGGCCGGAAGAUGAGCAAGUCCCUGGGGAAUGUGCUGGACCCACGGGACAUCAUCAGUGGGGUGGAGCUGCAGGUACUGCAGGAAAAGCUGAGGGAUGGAAACUUGGACCCCGCAGAGCUGGCGAUUGCGGCCACGGCGCAGAGAAAGGACUUCCCUCAUGGGAUCCCCGAGUGCGGGACAGACGCUCUGAGAUUCACCCUGUGCUCCCACGGGGCCCUGGGGGGCGACUUGCACCUGUCCGUCUCUGAGGUCCUGAGCUUCCGACACUUCUGCAAUAAGAUCUGGAAUGCUCUGCGCUUUAUCCUGAAUGCUCUUGGGGAGGAAUUCAUACCCCAACCUGCAGAGGAGCUGUCCCCUGCCUCCCGCAUGGACGCCUGGAUCCUCAGCUGCCUGGCCCGCACGGCCCAGGACUGUGAGCGGGGCUUCCUCACCCGUGAGCUCUCGCUCGUCACCCACGCCCUGCACCACUUCUGGCUGCACAACCUCUGCGAUGUCUACUUGGAGGCCGUGAAGCCUGUGCUAUCACAUUCUCCCCGCCCCCCGGAGCCGCCUCAGGUCCUGUUCUUCUGCGCUGAUGUCGGUCUCCGCCUCCUCGCCCCGUUGAUGCCCUUCCUGGCUGAAGAACUCUGGCAGAGGCUGCCCUUGAGGCCUGGUGGUCCUCCUGCCCCCAGCGUCUGUGUUGUCCCCUACCCGAGUGCCCGCAGCUUGGAGCACUGGCACCAGCCUGAGCUGGAGCGGCGCUUCUCCCGGGUUCAGGAGUCCGUGCAGGCGCUCAGGGCUCUGCGCGCCACCUACCAGCUGACCAAGGCCCGGCCCCGAGUGCUGCUGCAGAGCUCAGAGCCGGGCGAGCAGGGCCUCUUUGAGGCCUUCCUGGAGCCGCUGGGCACCCUGGGCCACUGUGGGGCGGUGGGCCUUCUACCCCCUGGUGCAGCAGCCCCCUCGGGCUGGGUCCAGGCCCCCCUCAGUGACACCAGUCAGGCGUAUAUGGAGCUGCAGGGCCUGGUGGACCCCCAGACCCACCUACCUCGGCUGGCUGCCCGAAGACACAAGUUGCAGAAGCAGCUUGAUGGCCUCCUAGCCCGGCCCCCGUCAGAGGGAGAGGCAGAGACUCAGAGGCAGCAGAGGCUUUCUUCCCUCCAGUUGGAAUUGUCAAAACUGGACAAGGCGGCCUCUCACCUCCGGCAGCUGAUGGAUGCGUCUCCAAGCCCUGGGGGCUCACCAUCCCCGUGACUUUCCUCCCUCCCAGACCCACCUUUGAGACCUCUGAGGACAGACCGGGCAGCAUCGGGGUGUUAUGUGGUCCAGCCCCUUCGUUUUGUCAGUGAGGAAACAUACUGGCUUGUCAGAUGACUGGGUGACCUUGAGAUGCUCACAUUUUUGCCCUAGCCCCCCUCCUCUGAAGUCCCACCUGGAAGUUUGGGAAGGAGGACACUCAGAUAAACUUAAAAUCCCAAACAUGUCUGCUGUGGUCCUUUUAUCCUUUCCCUUAGCCAUGACUUUCCCGCCUCUUGAUUGUUCCUGACACUCUGGUCUGGGAAAAGGGGGCAGCCUCCUAGUGCUCUGGGCCAUGGGGGGAGUGUGGGUGCUGGGAAGGGCCUCCCUCAUUGGAUGGACAAGAUGCUCUCGAGUAGGGCCUGAGCACAGUGACCCGGGUUCCACUUAUUUCCUGCACUUACUGACAGUGGCCCGACUUCUGUAGGCUCUUUCUCUGCUUUUCACCAAAAGGGAGCUUCCCUGCUUCUUGGCCUUCUCUCCAGGGGUGCUGAGGGGAUGGGGGACUUCCCACAGGCCUGGGGAGCUGCAGGCUGGACUGGGGAUUGAGUUCCUCCUGCUUCUGUGUACCUGAGACCACAGUGCUAGGGACACGCCGCCCAGCCUCAGACAGGGGUACACAGAAACACACAGACGCCCUCCUAGCCACCUUACACACCUUGUCCCAUUGGUGGAAUUCAGGGGCCUGCCACCCAAGUGACAUUCUGUCCAGCAGCCCUGAGAACCUACUGUGUGCUUGGCCUGGCUGGAUCCUCUGUGGUGCCAUUUAUUCCUCCUGAGAACCUCAUGAGGCGGGUGUUUGCUCCAUUUUAGAUUUCAAGAGACUUGCUCAGGGAAUAAAAGGAAUUAGCCCACAGUAUCAGCUGGAAUUACUGGAGUUCAGCCCAGUAAGUUAGGUGCCAGUUAUCUGCCUGCUCUAACCAAGCUUCAGAGAUAGUGGUGGCUAAUCUAUAAAAAUAUUGAAUCACUAUGUUGUACAUCUGAAACUAAUAUUAUGAAUCAGCUAUACUUCAAUUAAAAAAUAAAAAAUAAGAGUUAUUUUUAAAAAGCAACAAAGAUAAUGGCUUAGAUGAGAUAGGUGUUUCUUUUGCUGGGCAGAAGCAGUGCAGGACUCUGCAAUGGAGGAGUCCAUAUCCCUUUUGUUCUUACUUUCCUGCCAUCUUAAUACACUCUUCCCAACUCUGGGUCUAAGGAAUGCUCCCACCAGUAUACCACAUCCCACCAGAGGGGAAAGAAAAGGAGGGAGUGAGCACCUUCCUUUUUCUUGAGCACCUAUUACAUGCAGGGCUCUAUUCUGAACCCUUGGGUUUAUCAAUGAGAGAAACAAAAAUCUUUGCUCUUUUGUACUUUGAUUUAGGCUUCCCUUGUGGCUCAGAUGGUAAAGAAUCUGCCUGCAGUGCAGGAGACCCAGGUUCGAUCCCUGAGCCGGGAAGAUUCCCUGGAGAAGGGGAUAGCAACCCACUUCAGUGUUCUUGCCUAGAGAAUUCCAUGCACAGAGGAGCCCUGGUGGGCUACAGUCCAUGGGUCGCAAAGAGUCUGACACGACUGAGUGACUACACUUACACUUUUUCUUACUUUGAUUCUAGCAGAGAUAGUCAGAAAAAUACACAUGUAAAAUAAAUAAAAAUUAAGCAACAAAAACAGUGCACUGUCUGCUCCUCCAUCCUUUUGGAGAUCCAGACAUUUAAUCCCUCAACUUGUUUGGGGUCUAUUCACCUGACCCAUCUGCCCACUGGUGCAGCCUAGAGGUCAGUCAUGAAAUACUGGGGUCCUACAGAGCCCCCAGCUACCUCUCCUCCUCCAGUGGUAAUAGUCCCAGGACAGUUGUCAAGGAAACGAAAGAAAUUUUGUUUUGUUAUGCUUUCUUAUCUUCAGGGAUACUCCAUUUGGAGCUGUUACCUUUCCCUUGCUCCAAAGGAGCCAGUCUCUAGUUUCAUGUGGUGGUGGUGCUGUGCGGGGUUGGAGCAGGUUGGUAGGACAGGUACUGUGGAGAGCAGGAAGCAAUCAUACCAAUAGCCCUUCAUGGUCAAGUCUGGGCUGCAUGCUUGCAUUUAGAGUCAGCCAGUAAGAAGUCAAGAGCAUCUUGAGUGUGGAGUAAGAUGAGUACCUGCCUUAAGAACAGCAGGAGGUGGGACUUCCCGGGUGGUCCAGUGGUUGGGACUCUGUGUUUCCACUGCAAGGGGUCCAGGUUCGACCGCCUGAUCUGGGGACUGGGCUCCUACAUGCCAUGCAGCCAAAAAAAAAAAAAGGAAAAGCAGGAGAAGGCAGAGCCCCAGGGGUCUAAGACUUUUAUACAGGGCCAGGUUUCCACCCUAAUAAAAGUUCCUACCAUCCAGACCCACUUAUCUGACAGGUACCAUGGCAAGUGUCCUCAGUAGCCUAUCCAUGGAAUCCUCAGGACAAUUCAAGGAAGCAGGUACUACCAUUAUCCUCAUUUUGCUGGUAAAGCAAUGGAGAUUGGGACUUUGCUGGUGGUCCAGUCUUAACAGACUUUGAGCUUCUUUUUUUUAAUGGCUCUUAAAAUCUUUUUUUAAUUGAAGGAUAAUUACUUUACAGAAUUUUGUUGUUUUCUGUCAAACCUCAACAUGAAUAAAAAUAAGGAAAGCUUCACGAA